AAGCUUCCGAUCAGCUGCCUCCGCCCGUCUCCGCACGCCCCCUUGCCCGCCAUGGAGCGCCUGAACGUCCUCGCGCGUCAUGUGGUGACCCCCGGGGCGCAGCCAGAGACGCAGCGGCCGUGGCCCGACGGAGUCGCUGGGAAGCCCAAGAAGAAGGUGUGGUACGCCCCCUACAAGUUCGAGGCCUACGGUGAGGAGGAAAUCCAGGAGGUUGUCGCCUGCCUGCGCGACGGCUGGCUCGCGCCCGGGCCGCGCACCGAGGAGUUCGAGGGCAAGGUGGCCGCGAUCUUCGGGAAGAAGCACGGGGUCAUGGUCAACUCUGGGAGCUCGGGCAACAUGAUCGCGCUGGCGUGCCUGGGCCUCGAGAAAGGAGACGAGGUGGUGACGCCCGCCUGCACGUUCUCCACGGCCGUGGCGCCCAUCACGCAGCUCGGACUGACCCCGGUCUUCGUGGACGUGACGCCCAACAAGUACGUUCCCGAGGUGGACGACAUCCUGGCGGCGAUCACACCGAGGACGAGGGUGCUGCUGAUACCCAACCUGGCCGGGAGCAAGUGCGACUGGAAGGAUCUCCGCGCCAGGCUCCCGAAGCGCGACCCGCCCAUCUACCUCUUCGAGGACUCCUGCGACAGCAUCACGUACACCGCGGAGACCGACAUAGCGGUCAUCUCCUUCUACGCGUCGCACAUCAUCACUGCCGGAGGCAUGGGCGGCGUCGUCAUGUUCAACGACCCCGCGCUGCAGG